GAUUUUUUUAGUAAUAAUUAUUCGUUCAUCUUUAUCAAUUUUAAACACAAAUAAAAAAGAUCGAUCUUUUGAACUGAUAAUUAUAAGAAGUUUAGUAUCUCUUUGCCAUAUAUUGCAUUUAUCGUGAAAAAUCGAUAUUUUUGGUGAUAAGAGAACGGUAAAUAUAAAUAGGAUCUUUUAGAUUUUUCGAAUCAGUAUUCCUUUGUGUUUCAAAUUACUCACAGUUUUCUUUAGUUUGCUUAUUCGUAGCUAAAGAUUCACAAAAAAUGGGCUCCUUAUUUCGUAGCGAGGAAAUGACAUUGUGUCAGCUUUUUCUUCAAAGUGAAGCUGCAUAUGCAUGCGUUAGUGAACUUGGUGAACUUGGACUUGUUCAGUUUAGGGACCUAAAUCCUGACAUCAACGCUUUCCAAAGGAAGUUUGUAAAUGAAGUUCGACGAUGCGAUGAAAUGGAAAGAAAAUUGCGCUAUCUCGAGAAAGAAAUAAAAAAAGAUGGCAUCCCAAUGCUAGAUACUGGUGAAAAUCCAGAAGCUCCGCAACCACGAGAGAUGAUAGAUCUAGAAGCUACAUUCGAAAAGUUGGAGAAUGAGUUAAGAGAAGUAAACCAAAAUGCAGAAGCUUUGAAAAGGAACUAUUUAGAAUUGACUGAGCUUAAGCAUAUUCUUAGAAAGACUCAAGUUUUCUUCGACGAGAUGGCUGAUUCUCAUCGAGAAGAGGAGCAAUUAAAUUUAUUAGAAGAUGGGCCACGCGGACAACAACAGCAAAAUUUAAAACUUGGCUUUGUUGCUGGUGUUAUCUUGCGUGAGAGGUUGCCAGCCUUUGAACGAAUGCUAUGGCGAGCUUGUCGUGGAAAUGUAUUUUUACGUCAAGCAAUGAUCGAAGCUCCUUUAGAAGACCCGUCUAAUGGUGAUAACGUGUACAAAUCUGUGUUCAUCAUUUUCUUCCAAGGAGAUCAAUUAAAAACACGUGUUAAAAAGAUUUGUGAAGGUUUUCGUGCAACUUUAUAUCCUUGCCCAGAAGCACCCUCAGAUCGUAGAGAAAUGGCAAUGGGUGUAAUGACAAGAAUUGAAGAUCUAAACACUGUUUUGGGUCAGACUCAGGAUCAUCGUCAUCGUGUUUUGGUUGCAGCAGCCAAGAAUUUGAAAAACUGGUUCAUCAAAGUUCGAAAGAUAAAGGCAAUUUAUCAUACAUUGAAUUUGUUUAAUCUUGACGUGACACAAAAAUGCUUGAUUGCUGAAUGCUGGGUUCCGAUACUGGACAUGGAAACAAUUCAAAUGGCUUUGCGUAGAGGAACAGAGCGCUCAGGAAGUUCUGUCCCACCAAUUUUGAAUCGCAUGGAAACAUAUGAAGAUCCACCGACAUAUAAUCGCACAAAUAAAUUUACUAAUGCAUUUCAAAUGUUAAUAAACGCUUACGGAGUUGCUUCAUAUCGUGAAAUGAAUCCAGCACCAUAUACAAUUAUAACGUUUCCGUUCUUAUUUGCUGUCAUGUUUGGUGAUCUUGGACAUGGAGCAAUCAUGGCACUUUUUGGCUUAUGGAUGGUGUUAAAGGAAAAACCAUUAGCAGCAAAAAAAUCUGAUAACGAAAUUUGGAACAUCUUUUUCGGUGGACGUUACAUCAUAUUAUUGAUGGGAUUAUUUUCAAUGUACACCGGUUUUAUUUAUAACGAUAUUUUUUCAAAAUCACUUAACGUCUUUGGUUCUGGAUGGAAAAUUAACUACGAUGCUUCAACAAUCAUGGAUAGCAAAGCAUUACAAUUAGAUCCAGCUCAUGAUUUUGGUCGAACAUAUCCUAUUGGAAUGGAUCCAGUUUGGCAAGUUGCACCCAUGAAUAAAAUCAUAUUCCAAAAUGCUUACAAGAUGAAAAUCUCCAUUAUUUUUGGCGUUAUACAUAUGAUUUUUGGUGUCGUUGUUGGACUGUUUAAUCAUCGCUAUUUCAAGAAUACAAUGAACAUAUACACCGAAUUCAUUCCUCAAAUGAUUUUCCUAAUCUUUCUCUUUUUCUACAUGACAACACUGAUGUUUAUCAAAUGGACUAAAUACUCUGCUAGCAAUCCUGAUCCUCAUUCAGCUCAUUGUGCUCCGUCUAUUUUAAUUACAUUUAUCAACAUGGUUUUGUUUAAAAAGUCAACUGUUUUAACAGAAGCAUGUGAAACUCCAUUUAUGUUUGCAGGGCAAGAAUUUCUUCAAAAAGUAUUAGUUCUGUCUGCCUUUAUCUGUAUUCCAUGGAUGCUUUUCGCAAAGCCUUUUAUUAUAAUGCAAGAACGGAAGAAGCAACAACAUCAGCCUAUUUUGCCAUUUAACGGUGAAGGACAAGAUGUAGAAAAUAGUGGGGCACAAUCAGUUCCACCUGCUGAUCAAUCGCAAACUGGAGGUCAUGGAAAUGAAGAAAUGAGUGAAAUCUUUAUUCAUCAAGGAAUUCAUACUAUCGAAUAUGUAUUGGGAUCUGUGAGUCAUACUGCGUCAUAUUUGCGUCUAUGGGCACUUUCAUUGGCUCAUGCUCAACUUGCUGAAGUUUUAUGGAAUAUGGUUUUACAAAAUGGAUUAAAAACAGGAGGUGCUAUUGGCGGAGUAGCAGUUUGGGCUAUUUUUGCUUUUUGGGCUGUUUUAACCGUUGGCAUCUUGGUUUUGAUGGAAGGAUUGUCAGCAUUUUUGCACACUCUCCGUCUUCAUUGGGUCGAGUUUCAGUCAAAAUUCUAUUCUGGUCUCGGCUAUGCAUUUCAACCUUUUGCAUUUGAGUCUAUUUUAGAAGGUGGUGGUUCCUCAGAAGACUAAAUUUUUUCCGAAUAAAAAUUUCUUUAUCCACAAAUUAUAUAACAUUGAGUUUUCAUAAUCAAUAUGUAAUCUAAAAAAUAAUUUCAUUGUGUCUAUAUAUCAAUUUCAAUGAGAAUACUUAUUCAAAUCAAUUUAAAUUAACCAUUGCCUCGAAUUAGACGAAACAAUAAAUACGAUUAAAAAAAUCAA